AUGUAUCCGUUUACGUUUGAAAUGGUAGAUGUGGACACCUACUCUAGGUACUCACGGACAUCUAACACGUGGGAGUUGCGUUUUCAAAUCGGACACUGCCCAGAGUAUCUGCGCGGCAAGGUCAUAAUGAUUUGGCUUGGAGAAGUCAUUGUUCUUGAACACCCGCGGAACAAACACGAAAAACAAUGUAUAGCUUGCGGAGAUCCUGGUCACCUA